AUGCAGCGCUCCCGGGCGGCCGCGGACGAAGCGGCUCUGCUCCUGGCCGGGCUGGCCCUGCGGGAGCUGGAGCCGGGCGGCGACUCUCCGGGCCGGGGUCGGCGGGGGCCGCGGCCCGGGCCGGCAGACGAGACGGCCCAGGCGUUGGGCCGCAGGGGGCAGGGCGGCGGCGGCGGCGGUGGCCCCGAGGCCGGGGUGGACGGACUGAGCCGCGGGGAGCGAGGCCCGCGGCGCGCGGCGGCCCCAGAGCUCAGCGCGCAGCCGGCGGGCAGCCCACGGGCCAGCCUGGCGGGCUCCGACGGCGGCGGGGGCAGCGGCAGCGCCCGCUCCAGCGGCAUCAGUCUCGGCUACGACCAGCGCCACGGCAGCCCGCGCUCGGGCCGCUCGGACCCGCGCGCGGGCCCCGGGCCGCCGUCGGUGGGCAGCGCCCGCUCCAGCGUGUCCAGCCUCGGCUCCCGCGGCUCGGCUGGCGCCUACCCGGACCUGCUCCUGCCCGGCGCCUGCCCCGCGCCGGCUCGCUCCCCGGAGCCCGCCGGGCCGGCCCCUUUCGCUCUGCCUUCGCUCCAGCUGCCCCCGGGCCGGGAGGGCGGCCCGAGCGCGGCGGAGCGGCGGCUGGAGGCGCUGACCCGAGAGCUGGAGCGGGCGCUGGAGGCGCGCACGGCGCGGGACUACUUCGGCAUUUGCAUCAAGUGUGGGCUUGGCAUAUAUGGAGCAAGGCAGGCGUGCCAGGCGAUGGGGAGCCUAUAUCAUACGGAUUGCUUCACCUGCAACUCCUGUGGGAGACGACUUCGUGGGAAAGCAUUCUACAACGUGGGUGAGAAAGUGUACUGCCAGGAGGACUUCCUGUACUCCGGGUUCCAGCAAACGGCUGACAAGUGUAGCGUGUGUGGACACCUCAUCAUGGAGAUGAUCCUGCAGGCCCUUGGGAAGUCCUACCACCCAGGCUGCUUCCGAUGCUCGGUAUGCAAUGAGUGCCUGGAUGGGGUGCCCUUCACUGUGGACGUGGAGAACAACAUCUACUGUGUCAGAGAUUAUCACACGGUUUUUGCACCAAAAUGUGCCUCCUGUGCCCGUCCUAUCCUCCCUGCACAGGGCUGUGAGACAACCAUCCGUGUGGUGUCCAUGGACAGAGAUUACCACGUGGAGUGCUACCACUGCGAGGACUGCGGGCUGCAGCUCAGCGGGGAGGAUGGACGCCGCUGCUACCCCCUGGAGGGCCACCUCCUGUGUCGCCGAUGCCACCUGCGGCGCCUCCGGCCUGGGCCGCUUCCCUCACCUGCUGUGCAUGUCACCGAGCUCUGAGCCGGGGCUGAGAGCCCGACC